AUGAAGCUAAAGCCCUGGUUGAGGCUCGAUGUAAUUGACGUCAAGGAAACAAACGAAGUGAAUUUUACCUUACCACCCGCAGCACUAAGGUCAAACCCUGGCGAGAGGGAGCAAAGGCUAUAUUUAGUAAGGGUGACUGAGAUAUCUCUUCAUUACUGGGCCACGUACUCACUGACGAACCUUAACUGUGAUCCAGGAUUCGGAAAAGAAGAAAUCCGCCUUUCACCUUCUUCCAGGGGACGAGCUUGCUCUUCUCUUAAGUUUCAUUCCUAUUCUUUUUCCUCCAACAAAGGGCCAUCUACCUACAGCUACCGGGCCUCCACUGGAAUUCCAUGGAUGACGACUCCCUUUUUCAUUAAAAGCUUCCACCUGGAGCUCGAAGAAGACGAAAGGCCUUGCUAUACCAUCGGAAGCGAUCCACCAUUAGUAGGAAGAGAUGGCCGAGGGUCGAUGACUUUCCUCCUAAGGCCCCUAGUGGUUGGAGUACCUUGCCUUUGGGACAUCUGCCUUAUUGCCCUGAAUAGAGAGCAGAAGGCAAAGGAGGUGGGGAUUGAUCCACCAAGCAACGCUUUAUUAAAGCUUUCGACUCUCUGCGUGCUACAUAGUACAGAUCGAGCCUUAGAAAGACUUGAAUCUCAAAGCGGUGGGCAUCGAAGCGAUUGA